GAAGUGAGACAAACGAUGACUCAGUUUUGGGAGGAACACUCACGUGAUGCAACGGUGGAAGAGAUGAUGCUGGAUUCAAGUGCUGCGAUUCUCUCAAAGGAGGAGAAGCCAGAGAUCAUAUCAUUGUUGCCUUGCUUAGAUGGAUUGAAUGUGUUGGAAGUUGGCGCUGGCAUUGGGCGUUUUACUGGCCAUCUAGCAAAACUGGCCAACCAAGUCACUGCUGUGGAUUUCAUGCAGAACUUUCUUGAGAAAAACCGAGAGGACAACGGUUACCGUGGAAACAUCACCUUCCUGCAGGCUGAUGUCACCCAUUUAGAAUUUCCUGAUAACAGUUAUGAUUUUAUCUUCUCUAAUUGGCUCUUCAUGUAUCUGAAUGAUACUGAGCUAAUGGCACUGAUACAGAAGAUGUUGGGAUGGCUGAAGCCUGGUGGUUAUCUCUUCUUUAGGGAGUCCUGUUUCUUUCAGUCAGGGGAUGCUGAAAGAACAUUUAACCCUACAGUUUAUCGUACCCCUGCUCUGUAUAACCAUCUGUUGACAUCAGUCACUUCGAAGUCUGGAGACAAUGGUUUUGAAAUUGUGAUGUCAAAGUCUGUGCAGACAUAUAUUAAGAUAAAGAAGAAUCAGAACCAGGUCUGUUGGCUACUGCAGAAGGUCCCCCGGGAACCUGAUGGUCACCAGGGCUAUGUGACAUUUCAGAAGUUUCUGGAUAAUCAGCAAUAUUCCCGAAGAGGAAUCCUCAGAUAUGAAAAGAUAUUUGGGGAAGGCUUUGUGAGCACUGGAGGGCUGGAAACCACUAAGGAAUUUAUUUCCAUGCUGAACCUUAUUCCUGGUCAGCGGGUCAUUGAUGUUGGUUGUGGCAUUGGUGGAGGAGACUUCUACAUGGCCAAGACGUAUGGGGUGGAAGUCCUGGGGAUGGACCUGUCGUCUAACAUGGUAGAAAUUGCCAUGGAAAGAGCCAUAACAGAGAAGACUCCUCUGGUCCAGUUUGAAAUUGGAGAUGCCACACGACGGAUCUUCCCAGAAGCAUCAUUUGAUGUGGUGUACAGCAGAGACACCAUCCUGCACAUCAAUGACAAGAGAGCCCUCUUCGAGAGAUUCUAUUCCUGGAUAAAACCUGGAGGAAAACUCUUGAUCACAGAUUAUUGUUGUGGAGAACGGCCAUGGUCUCCCGUAUUUGAGGAAUAUGUGAAGCAGAGAGGAUAUAUUCUGUACACACCUGAAGAGUAUGGACAGUUCCUAGAGAAGGUUGGAUUUGUAAAAGUUCAAGCUCUGGAUCGGACUGAACAGUUUGUACAAGUUCUGAAUAAAGAACUCACAAGGACACAGGAAAUAAAGCAGAAAUUCUUAGAGAGUUUUUCUGAAGAGGAUUACAACUACAUUAUUGAUGGGUGGAACGAAAAACUUCAUCGCUGCAGUUUAGGAGAUCAGCGCUGGGGUUUGUUUUAUGCUGAGAAACCUCUGGAGAUUGUUGCCUAA